AUGGCGGCAAAUACAUUGUUAAGUGAUUUCGAGCAUCAGUAUUCAGUGCAAACUGCAGAAAUUACAGCACGUAUUGGACGUUUGAAAGAUUUAGAUAAAAAUGGGCGCGUUGAAGGGAUUCAUCAGAUUCAACGUUUACUGGUUGAUGUUGAAAAUCUUCUGGAGCAAAUGGAAUUAACUGUUAGGGAAUUAAAGCCAUCGAGGUACGAUUUACUAUUUUCUGAAAAUAGCUGUGAUUUUGUUCUCGUUGUGGACCAUAGUGCGGAACGGUCGAAAUAUGAGUUACGAGUUCGCAGCUAUCGAAAUGACAAAAAACAGUUAGAUGCUGAGCUGGACAAAGCAGUUCAGCGCUUGAAAGAUAACGCUGAUCGAGAUGAACUGAUGACAUACGAUAAUCAGAUUUCUGUGAAUCAGAUUGGAACAGAAGUGUUAAACGAUCUGAAUUCCCAACGUGAAACAAUAAUGCGGGCGCGUGAGCGUAUGCGACAAGCAGAUAGAGAUUUAAAUAGAAGUCAUAAAAUGUUGUCACUGAUGAUACGCAGAAUAGUCCAGAAUCGUUUAUUGCUGCUUAUUGUGGCUGUGGUCCUUCUGUUUUCACUGUUAUUCAUCAUUUAUAAGUCGUUAUAA